AUGACAAAUCGCUACGUUGGCAUUUUGAAUGAUCAAAUUACAGCUUCUUCAUGGUUUUCAACGCAAACUAUGCCUUAUUACGGCCGCUUACACAUAUCUGAGGAGGGUGCAGGAGCAUGGGUGGCAAGAAACAAUAAUGACAAGCAGUGGAUUCAAAUUGACCUCCGCAAGAGAACUAUAGUUACUUCUGUAGCAACACAAGGACGUCAGGGUGCAGGCGAAUGGGUCCAGGAUUAUUUCGUUUUUUACUCUGACAUGGACAUACCUGUGCAGUGGGCCGUUGUAAAAGAUUCUCUUGGAGAACCUCAGUUAUUUGAUGGAAAUACGGAUGACAAUACGGUGAAACUGGUAAAUUUUUCCCAACCCAUUGUGGCUAGAUAUGUUAGACUUAAUCCCCAGCGCUGGAACGGACUUAUAGCCCUUCGCAUGGAGCUUUUUGGAUGCGAAUACCAUCCAUUCACGGUUCGUUUUGAUGGACAAACUUGGAUUGAGAUGCUACUUGAUCAACCAGGAAGAGAAACUCAAACGGCAGUUGAUUUUCUAAAGUUUCGUUUCCGGACUUCCAAAGUUAAUGGUCUGAUAUUCUACGGUGAUGAUAGUCAAAAUGACUACUUUGCGGUUGAACUGUUUCGAGCUCGUCUUCAGGUUUCUAUGGGUCUUGGGGUCUACCCUUGGACAACAGAAAGGAUGGAAAACAUUGUAGUUGCAGGAAGUCUUUUGGAUGAUGAGCAAUGGCAUGACGUCUCUAUCAUCAGAACAGGGAAAAAUCUCAACAUUUCUGUCGAUGGUAUUUCGAUCUGGCGUAAUCUCUCUUCCAUCUUCAUGCACAUGGAUAUGAACAGAAAAGUAUAUGUUGGUGGAGUGCCGAGUUUCUCGAACAAGCGCAGUGUCGCCGUGAUGGAAAACUUUGCCGGAUGUAUUGAGGAGUUCAAUUUUAAUGGGGUGCAGGUUAUCCGUGACACAUUGCGUUCGAAACCAGGACUCAUCAUGGCAGAGGAGAUCUGGAUGAAGGAGGAUUGGUUGGAUGCUCUCGGCUAUCCACCGAGGGACCCUUUGCUUUGGUGGGGACCACCAACAACUACUCAGCAGCUCAACAUCAGUGGAUUCGCUAUCGGCGGCAAUGGUGUGCUGUUGCAAGACUGUUUACCACCAGUUGCAGAUCCUACUGUUAUCACAUUUCCUCGAGUUGAACAGUCCCUAGUUUUUAUUAAAAUCGAACGUAGUGGAGAAACCAGUAAGGUGACCUUUUCUAUGGACUUUCGCACUUUCAAUAAGGGCGGGACCCUCUUCUAUCAUACAGUAGACAAUGACAAGAAUUUUAUUUCGUUCGAGAUGGAUGAAGUGCAUGGUCACCUAAUGUUGGAGAUAAUUCUGCCAGGGGUGAAGCUGAUUCGAUAUAGAAUGCCUAACGAAGACUCGGCAGCACUAAACGGAACAUUUGCCGAUGGACUGUGGCACUCUGUUUACUUCGAGAUGAGCCAGAUUUCGGUUCGCACUGUCGUUGAUGGACGUGAAUAUACAACGCAACAGACAUUCUUGGAACCGUUGCACUUCGAAAAGGUCUUCUACAUUGGUGGCGGCCGCCCACAGCGGUUUAGCUUCCAGGGCUGCAUGCGACAGAUCACUGUUAACGCACAGGAGGUGGUGUGGUCCAAACUUGAUCCUGAGAGUCGCUCCAACGACAUCAUAAACGGGAGUUGCCUCAUUACGGAUCGCUGCAGUCCAAAUCCAUGCAAGCAUGAAGCUCCUUGCACACAGAACGGCGUAACAUUCUUCUGUGACUGCACCAAUACGGGAUACUCGGGCGCAGUAUGCCAUCAGAGUGAAUACUUCACCUCAUGUUCGGAAGUCGGCUUGUUUUACGGCCAGGUGGCGCCACAACUCCGUGUCAUCAUCGAUUUAGACGGUUCUGGUGUGCUAGAUCCAGUCAGCGUGCUGUGUGACUUUACUGACAGAGGGAGUCCGGAAACGCGCAUUGAGCACACUGAUGUAGGAUUCAUAUCGGUGGAUGGAUUUCAAAAUCCUGGGUCGUACAGUCGAAUGCUAAACUAUGGAAGAGCUUCAAGAGCUGUCCUGUCAGAGUUAACACGUCGAGCCGUCUAUUGUGAGCAGUCUGUUGCGUAUAGGUGCUGGGAUGCUAAGCUUCUGGCCAAACCCCAAGGCUUUGGGGACGGGACGGAACUGACAUGGGGCUGGUGGGUGAGCAGAACGGGUCGUCCCCGGUACUACUGGGGCGGUGGGGUGCCGGGGCUAAAGAUGUGUGACUGUGGGGUGCACGGAACCUGUACCGGCAACUCCCUCACCUGCAACUGCGAUGGCGACGGCUCCGACACCUUGCCCCUCGUUGACACUGGACUUCUCACCUUCAAAGAGGAUCUGCCUGUAUGGGAGGUGCGUUUCGGUGACACAGGCACCUUAGCAGAUCAGAAGAGGUCGGAGUACAGCAUUCAAGAUAUGCGCUGCAGUGGGGACCGCUUCUUUGACAACACCGUUACUUUUGUUAAAUUAGACGCCAAUCUCGAACUUCCAUCCAUCUUUGCCGAGUAUGAGUUUGACAUGAGUUUCCUUUUUAAAACCACGAUCAAGGAUGCCGUACUAAUGCAAAAUGUAGGCAGAAAGUCGGGUCACUUUUUUGAGCUGCGAAUCAGAAGUGGGAUCGCUUUCCGCUUCGCCUUCAAUGUUGGUAAUGGCCUACAAGUUCUUGAAGUAACUACAGCUUAUUGGCUUAACAACAACCAAUGGCAUGUGGUCCGAUUGGAGCGCAAUCGGAAGGAAUCACGACUCAUUAUUGACACGAAUCCUGCCAAAGUGCUCGCUGAACCACACGAGCGCUCCUUCCUCAUGUUCAAUUUUGACCAGCCGCUUUUUGUUGGAACCACGCAGGCCUUUACUGAUGGAUACGUAGGGUGCAUUUCGAAUCUUCUCGUGAACGGAGUGAUACAAGAUAUUCGUGGCAUCGUCGAGAGGGGAGAAACGACUUAUGGUGUGAGGCCAGGCUGCCAACCGAGAUGUGACACGAAGCCCUGUCUCAAUCGUGGAGUUUGCAAUGAAUUCUACUCCCACUACUUCUGCGAAUGUGGACUCACGCCUUUUCGCGGAUUCAUCUGCGGUCGAGAGGUUGGCGGUGCCUUCAGCAAUGGCCCAAUGGUGAAAAUUGACCUGUCCAGCAUGGGUGAUAGUUUUGGUACAUUGGAGGAGUACAUAACCGUGGGUUUCAAGGCGAAAGUGAAAAAAGGAAUUCUUAUGCAGAUGUUAGGCGAAGGCAAGACGAAUUACAUCAUUAUUCGAGUGAACAAUAACGGCGGAAUAACUAUCGAGUUUGAUGUGGGUUUUGGUCGUUUCGAGGUGACCACUGACUAUAUUGUCGACUUAUCCAGUGGCCAACAUCAUACAGUUAAGGCUUGGAGAACAAACAUUGGUCAGGUGUGGCAUCUACAGGUCGAUGACUACCCGGAAAUCGUAAAGGACUUUAGACCCAUUCUCUCAGAGACAGCAGAUACAAGACUGGACAAGCCGAGGUUCCUCUUUCUUGGGAGGAAUGAUUCAAUGCCCAAAAGCAGCGGUUUCGACGGCUGUAUGUAUGGUGCUCAGUGGAAUAAUCUUUUUCCUCUUCGGAUGAUCUUUGAGGAUCCGAAGAAUCCAAUUGUUUAUGUUGAGCCUCCAGGCAAGUCCAUGAUCCGCCAUUUGCGUGGCUGCAGAGUUGAAUGGAACUCAGUGACAGAAAACAAGUGUGGCUUUGAGGAGAUACUACCGGCUCCUGAGCCGGUUGAAGUUCGUCCACCUAUCCCGUUUCCUCCCAACUUGACACUUGUCGGCACAACUGAAAAUCUAACUCGGCAACGAACCAUUUUUGGAGUUGUGGGGAGUCUGCUGGCUUUGUGCAUAUUGGCCCUCCUCAUUGCAUGCUGUCGGAAGUUCACUCUGAAGCGGGGCAACUACCGAACAAUGGAGGCCAAGCAAGUGACCGAUAACGUUAGCACUGUGGAUGAAGCUCUGGCUUCUUCCAAUGCAAACCUUCCUGAUGCUCGGUCAAGCCGAGAGUGGUGGCUCUGA